CGAGAUUAGGUCAGUGAGGCGGGCAAGAUGGCCAAAAGUUUUCUAUCUCUCCUUCCUUUGCUACUUCUCAUCCAAAUUUGUCCCUCCAAAUCCGAUGACAUCGCCAUUUACUGGGGUGAGAACACUGAUGAAGGCAAUCUUAGAGAAACAUGUGAAGCAGGAAUAUACUCUUUUGUACUAAUUGGCUUCCUUACGGUGUUUGGGAAUGGCAAUACCCCUCAACUCAACAUUGCAGGUCACUGUGGCCCUUCGUCUUCAUCUGGGUGCACCAGCAUUGGCACGGAGAUCAAAUAUUGUCAACGACAAGGGGUCAAGAUAAUGCUCUCUCUUGGAGGAGCAUCUGCGGGUUAUUCUUUAUCUUCCUCAAAGGAUGCUCAAAAUGUUUCUGAUUACCUAUGGAACAAUUUCUUAGGCGGAAGCUCAUCUUCACGCCCACUUGGAGAUGCCACAUUGGAUGGCAUUGAUUUUGACAUAGAGAGCUCGGGGGAAUACUGGGAGGACCUUGCAAUUUACCUUAACUCACAUAGCACUGAUAGCCAGAAAGUGUACUUAUCAGCAGCACCUGAAUGCCGGUUUCCUGAUGCUCAUCUUGGUACUGCCAUUGAUAAAGGCGUUUUUGACUAUGUCUGGGUAAAAUUCUACCUCAAUCCUCACUGCCACUAUUCAGAAGCUAAUCCUAAUGCGUUUUUCAAUGCAUGGAACCAGUGGGCAACAUCAUUAAAUAAGUCAAAAAUAUUCCUGGGUUUGCCACCAUCUCCGGAAACAGAGGCAGGUGGCUAUGUUCCUCCUGAUUUGUUAAACUCUAAGGUACUUCCCAUUGUAAACAAGUCACCUAACUAUGGAGGUGUGAUGUUGUGCUCAAGAUACUCAGAUAGAUUGAGCGGAUAUAGUAGGCACCUUCAACUUGGUCCUCUUUGCACACCUCAAAGUGCUCCCAAAUGCGAGAGCCAUGACAAUGGUUUUGAAGAG